CCGCUUAGGGGGGGGGGGGGGGGCAGAUGUGAGGGACCCCCCCGGCCAGGCGCAGCGCCGGGGGGGGGGGUGGGUGGGCUGGCGGGUGCCCUCCCAACCCGGGGGGGGGCCUGCUUUCCCCCCCCCCCCCCCGGGUCCCACCAUGCCAAGGGCCCCCCCCGCGCCCCACAGCCUCCCCCGGGCCUUAAGAGGCUGCGGGUAAGGGGUGCUCGGGGAGGGGGGGGCAGCCCCCCCCUCCCCCGGUAAGCAGGGACCCCCCGGUUCCUUCGGGGCGGCGGGGGGGGGCCCAGUGCCCCCGGCCGACCCCCCCGCGGCCGGAAAAUGCCCUUGGUGGAUUUUUUCUGCGAGACCUGCGCCAAGCCCUGGCUGGUGGGCUGGUGGGAUCAGUUCAAGAGGAUGCUGAACCGGGAGCUGACCCACCUCUCCGAGAUGAGCCGCUCCGGCAACCAGGUCUCCGAGUACAUCUCCAGCACCUUCCUCGACAAGCAGCACGAGGUGGAGAUCCCGGCCCCCGGCCCCAAGGAGCGGGAGAAGAAGCGGCGGCAGCCCCCCCCCAUGGGGCAGAUCAGCGGGGUGAAGAAGUUGCCCCCCGGCUCCGGCCCCGGCGGCUCCAGCGUCCCCCGCUUCGGCGUCAAGACCGACCGCGAGGACCUGCUGGGCAAGGAGCUCGACAGCCUCAACAAGUGGGGCUUGAACAUCUUCCGCGUCUCCGAAUACUCCAACAACCGCUCGCUCAGCUGCAUCAUGUACACGAUAUUCCAGGAGCGGGAGCUGGUGAAGACCUUCAAGAUCCCGGUGGAGACGUUGCUGACCUACACCUUGACCUUGGAGGACCACUACCACGCCGACGUCGCCUACCACAACAGCCUGCACGCCGCCGACGUCAUGCAGUCCACCCACGUCCUGCUGGCCACCCCCGCCCUCGACGCGGUGUUCACCGACCUGGAGAUCCUGGCAGCCCUCUUCGCCGCCGCCAUCCACGACGUCGACCACCCCGGCGUCUCCAACCAGUUCCUCAUCAACACCAACUCGGAGCUGGCGCUGAUGUACAACGACGAGUCGGUGCUGGAGAACCAUCACUUGGCCGUCGGCUUCAAGCUGCUGCAGGAGGAGAACUGCGACAUCUUCCAGAACCUCAGCAAGCGCCAGCGCCAGACCCUCCGCAAGAUGGUCAUCGACAUGGUCCUGGCCACCGACAUGUCGAAGCACAUGAGCCUCUUGGCCGACCUCAAGACGAUGGUGGAGACCAAGAAGGUGACGAGUUCCGGGGUGCUGCUGCUGGACAACUACACGGAUCGCAUCCAGGUCCUGAGGAACAUGGUGCACUGCGCGGAUCUGAGCAACCCGACGAAGCCGCUGGCAUUGUACCGGCAGUGGACGGAGCGGAUCAUGGAGGAGUUUUUCCGGCAGGGAGACAGGGAGCGGGAGCGGGGGAUGGAGAUCAGCCCCAUGUGUGACAAGCACACCGCCUCCGUCGAGAAGUCCCAGGUGGGCUUCAUCGACUACAUCGUGCACCCGCUGUGGGAGACGUGGGCCGACCUGGUGCACCCGGACGCGCAGGAGAUCCUGGAGACGCUGGAGGAGAACCGGGACUGGUACCACAUCCCAGACCCGCGUUCCCCCCCCAACCUCCCCCUCCCCCCCUCCCCUCCCCCCCCCCCCCAGCACCGGUUCCAGUUCGACCUGACCUUGGAAGAGGAUGAGGAAGGGCAGGAACCCGGCGUUUAUCCCCCCCCCUCGUCCUGUAACGCCCCCCGGCUCGUUCAUCAACCCUACGUUACCCCCCCGGAGCAGCCCCCGGGAGGCCGGAGACCCCCCGAGGAGGAGGAGGAGGAGGAGGAAGAGCGGAAUGGACUCGGGGGGGGGAUACGCUGUCGGGGAGUGGUGAACCAACCCCCCCCUCCUUGUAGAUUAUUUGGGGAGGGGGGGGAGGUACAGGACACCCCCCCCCCCCCUCCCGGAGCAGAACUCAGAUUUAUUUUAUUUUAAUUUUAUUUUAAUUUUAUUUUAAAGUCGAUUUUAAUUUGAUGGGGUUUAUUUGGGGGGGGGCAGGGGGGAGGGAAGAGGGAAUUUUUAUUGUAUUUUUUAAAAAACUUGAAAAGACAAAAAAAGAGAUAAAAUGCCCCCCCCCCCCCCCCCAGGGGAGGAAAAAGGGAAAAACGGACAGAUGCCCCCCCCCCCAAAUAAACUCGGGGGCUCGGGGGGGGCCGGCAGGGACCCCCCCCAGGUCUGUCCCCCAAAAGCCAUUUAUCCAGAGGGAGGAUGGACCCCGGGGGGGGGCAAUUUGGGGGCUGGGGGGGGGGAAAUGAAGCCUGAGUGGGAAGGAUAUGGGGGGGGCCACCCCCUAAUUUUGGGGUGCAUCCUCCCCCCCCCCAAAGUCUUCCGUUCGCUCCCCCUUUUUGCACAGGGAUCCUCCUGGGGUUGGCCCCCCCCCCCCAAAUUGCCCCCAGCCCUCCUGGGGGGGGGGGUGGAGCCCUCUCGAUUGGGGGGGGGCUCUCAUGGACCCCCCCAAACCUGCUGGGGUCUGUCUGUGCAGGGUGAGGGUCCAGGCCAUAAUGGGGGGGGGCGUCUCCCCCCCCCCCCCCAAAUCCCCAAUAGAGGUGAAGCAAUAACAAGGUGCCCCCCCCCAAAUUCCUCUUUGAAGGGGGGGUGGGUGGGAGAGUCGGGGGGGGCAGACCCCCAAACAGCUUUUUUGGGGGGUACCCAUUCUGACACUG